GACCCAGGAAAGAGUCUGACAACUAAACUGAAACCUGUACAUUUGUCUCACAGUACAUGUAGUAACAACACAAUGGCCUGUACAUUACGACUGGCAUUCCUUGUCCUUCAUGGAUUUCUCUCUCUUUCAGCAGAUUCAUGCAAUUAUUAUUUCCAACAUGGAUCUUUCUUCUCCAUCCCUCUGAAAUACACUGACUUGAGUUCGAAAGAAAUAACCUGGAAACACAAUGAAAAAGUUAUAUUAAAAAGAAAGAAUGGAAAGUUCAAACCAGGCAAGCCUGAGGACAUCUUAGAUGAUGGGUCUCUCCAACUCAAAGGCCUGGUGUCAGCAAACGAAGGUACUUACAAAGCAGAGGUGUUCAACAGUGAUGGGAAAAGCAUCAAAGAAGAGUCCUUCAGACUGUGUAUGAAGGAAAAAGUCUCCAAGCCCUCAGUGCAAUUCACCUGUUCUGAUAAGGACGUCACCUUUACCUGUUUCUUGACCAACACUGAGGGAAUGACUUUCAAGUGGAGCAAGAACAGACAGCCUUUAAAUGGGGAAAAAAAUCCAACCUUGAUCAUCAGUCUGAAACAACUGAAAGAGCCGGACACCUUCACCUGCUCUGCAGUCAACGAGGUCAACAUGGAGACAAGUGACAUCAUCAAACCAACAUGCAAUGCUGUCUCCAAAUCGGGUGAACUGCGUUCACUGUUUGGUUUGGAUUUCUGGACCAUGGUGGGCAUCUUGGCCGGGGGAGGGGGCUUGGUACUCCUCAUCAUCAUCACCUUGGUGUGCUGUUGCCUCAGCCGACGCAAGAGCCAGAUGCGCUUUGAAGAGGAAAGAGAGUUAAGACUAGCCCCCCUGACCAAGACCCAGCAUCCUUACCACUCAGAGGGCCAGACAAAGCAUCCUUCUCACCCAGAAGGCCAGAAGCAAAGGCAGAGACCCCCCGGUGGGGCCCCACCUGGUUCCACGGGCCCCAGGCCCAUGGCCAGAGCCUCCAGCCAGGCUGCGCCCCAACCCAGAGUCCAGGCUCGAGGGAAGCCUCCACAGACACCAAUGGAUGAUGAUGAGGAGCAGCCCCCACCACUACCCCAGCCUAGGAAGAAAGGCUCUCACCCCGCCAGGCAAUGAGUCUGGAAACAGGUUUCGCCUAUAUACAGUGCCUUGCGAAAGUAUUCGGGCCCCUUGAACUUUGCGACCUUUUGUCACAUUUCAGGCUUCAAACAUAAAGAUAUAAA